UGGUGGUGAGCUGCAUCCUUGAAACUCCAGUCUUUUUGGUAUAGGUACACCCAUUCUGGUGAGUGUUCCAGGAUUUUGAUCCAGUGACACUGAACGAAAGGCAAUUUAUUUCCAAGUCAGAAUGAUUUUGGUCCUGAAUACGAUAUUAACUAACCAACAGGACAUUUUACAACCCUGAGUUAAUACCUAAUUGUGGAAGUCAUGCAUUCCAGGCACCGAGGAGGGAACCUGGGACUGCUUCUGUUACUUAGCCAGAUAAUCCAAGUGGGAUUUGAUAAUAUUCCAACUGUUACGCUGAUAACAAUGGCACUGAAUAUCUACCUUUUCUUAUCACCAGUUAAGCCGUUAUUGAAUGUUUGCAUCAGUGUGCAUGAAACUUGGAACAGAAAAGAUUGGAAACGUCUUUUUUAUUCACCGUUUCACCAUGCUGAUGACUGGCACUUGUAUUUCAACAUGGUGUCUAUGUUAUACAAAGGGAUAAAGUUGGAGCCGAGGCUUGGCACCAAGUGGUUUGCCUACAUGUUGUCUGUGUUUUCUGUCAUGACUGGAGUCGUCUACUUGGUGCUGGAAAUACUCCUUGAAGAACUGAUGGAAGACCAUUCAUAUAAAAUGCAAUGUGCAGUUGGUUUCUCAGGUGUUUUAUUUGCUCUGAAAGUUGUGAACAAUCAUUACAAUCCUGGAGGUAUCAGUUAUGUAUUGGGCUUCCCAGUGCAGAAACAGUAUGCAUGCUGGGGCGAGCUGAUUGCAAUUCAUUUGAUUGCUCCAGGAACAUCUUUUGUUGGCCACCUCUCUGGUAUACUUGUUGGGUUACUGUACACCAAAGGACCCUUGAAGAAUUUGAUGGAAGCGUGUGCUGACGGUGUUUUCUCAAAUACUUCUAGACGGCAUAUCCGAUUCAAUAACCAAGGUUAG